UGGUUGAGUCCGCAGAUGUCCAAAGAAAGUCUAUAUUUAUAUUUUUAAUUAUUCUGCGGAUAAUUUUCAUUUUUACACUCACAUUAAUUACUCAUACAUUUAAAUUGUUUAAAAUCUGCAUGUAUUAUUCAUCACUUACAACAAUGAAAUAAUUGAACAAAGUAAUUCAACGCGCAUGACAAUUACAUACAAAAAUAUCAGUCAUCAUUAUUUCGAAAAUAAACUUGUGGUGAUCCCGCUGGCUGUUGAUGUCUGUGUGAUAAAAUAUAUAUUUCAAAUAAAUAAUUACUUGUAAUUACAAUCAUGCCUUCAUUCUGCUACAUCUUGUUCCCAAUAAUUGUGAUAAUGGGAUUGUUGAGGAAAUGCCGUGAACUAACCUGGGGAAAAUGUAAAGACACGAGCAGCUUACAUGGAAAAGUUUUUCUCGUAACCGGUGCGAAUUCCGGCAUCGGCAAGGAAACUGUUCGUGAACUUGCUCGGCGACAAGCUCGUGUCAUAUUGGCAUGCAGAGAUAUGGACAAUGCUCGUGAUGUUAUUUUACAGAUACGUAAAAAUGUAUCAACUGGUGAAAUGAUUCCCAUGCAACUGGACUUGGCUUCGCUGGCAUCUAUACGCAAAUUUGCUCAGCAAGUCCUCGAUGAUUUUCCAGAAAUUCAUUGCUUGAUAAAUAAUGCUGGAGUCUACGUACCACUGAGAGAUCGUUCAAUGACCAGAGAUGGUUUUGAAAUUCAUUUUGGUGUAAAUCAUUUGGGACAUUUUCUCCUCACCAACUUACUUUUGGAAAAACUUAAAGUAUCAGCUCCCAGCAGGGUAGUAAUUGUUACGUCAAAACUAUUGGAGUCCGGAGUUAUUGACUUUUCAAAUUUGAAUGGAGAAAAAGGUCUACCUGCGAAAGGUCGCAUGAAUCCUGGCUACUGCAAUUCAAAAUUGGCGAACGCUUAUUUUGCAAAAGAAUUGGCUCGACGUUUAGAAGGUUCUGGAGUUAAUGUUUAUAUGGUUUGUCCGGGAUUUACUUACACGGGACUGUUUCGUAACGUCAAGCGUAGUUGGUUCCAUUACAUAAUAUUUUCUCCAGUGGCUCUUCUAUUUCUACGAACUGCUCACCAGGGCGCACAAACAGUUUUGCACUGCGCAACAGAUGCUUCCUUAUCAAAUGAAUCAGGAUUACUCUACCGGGACUGUAAAAUUUAUGACUCUAAAAAAAUAUUGAAAGAUGAUGUCGCCAAAAACUUGUGGGAAGUCAGUGCCAGUCUUGUUGGAGUUGAUACUCCUAAAUAGAUAUUCAAAUUUUUGAAUUAUUUUACUCACUCACAUCAGCUCUCAACAAGAUUAAUACGAGAUUUAAAAUCCUAAAUUAUGAGAUUUUUUUAAGGUUUACAGAAAAAAAGAAUGUCUCACGCAAGAAAUAUUUUGCAUUACGAAUUGAAACUACAAAUUUUCUUAGAACUAGAAAAAGUUGUUUGAUUUUUCAAAAAAAUUUUGAUUUCAAUUUAUAAUGCGAGAAAAUUCCUGGGGGCGUUUUAAAUUUUUGUACUCUGAGAAAAUUUUUUCAACUUAAAUUCAGCAGAAUCGUGAUGAAAUUAAUUUUAUAUUCAUUAUUUUUAAUUCAUUUAUUGAUAAGUUUUUGUAUUUAA